GCGGCAGCGAGCUUUGGAACGGGACAACUUCGACUUCUUCGCGGCGCUGCGCGCGGAAAGAAAGCUGUCGAUAACUGUCGGCCUGACAGAAAUGACACGCCUCACGGGUUUCUAGGCUCGAAUUUGUAAACGUUUCGGUUCGAGCCAAAAAAGAAAGGAGCUCCAUCAUGGCAGACUGGACGCCGCCGUCUGGACGCUCUCCCUCUCGCACGUCCGGCAGUGCCACACCAGACGAUACGGAAUUCCUGGCGCAGGGACCUCAGGAGGCUCAGGUGGAAGAGAGCGACGCUGGACAGAACGGUCACUUGAACUCUGGCGAUGAGCUUGAAAGGAAGGAAUGCCUGCGAGAGCUGUUUAAGAAACAGGUGGCUCUUAGUGGCGUGACAGAAUCCUCCUCAUGGACAGAUGAUAACGAUUGGACCUUGGACAACUUUAUUUCCGACACCUCUAUCCGGACCCUCAUUGUGCACCUGGACCCCUAUGCUGGGCUUCAGGUUGACUACAGCAUGCCAUCACAGCCGGUGGAGCAGCUGGCAUACUUCAUCCGGGCAGCGGGGCAGCCAAUCGUAGCAGAAACCUUUGAGUGCGUAGUCCAGUUUGGCACCGUACGAAGAGGAAGUGUGCAGAGCCUGCUGCGUCUGAUGAACGGGGUGCAUGUGCCGCAGGUCACCCUCAACACCUCUUGGCCCCAGAGCAUCAAGAACAACUACUCUGCGCAUAUGCACCGCUUUCUAACCAGCCUUACAGACACUAGGUUCAAGCUAGUUGGGCAAACCGUGCUGUACGUACCCAUGGAAGCGCUGCAGUUCAGCCCAGAAGUGGCUGCCAAGGACAAGGAACUGGUGCAGAGAAUGGAGACGGUGAUGAUCCACUGGACACGACAGAUCAGGGAAGUACUCAACGCCCAGGAGGCGGUGGACACGGAUGACAGCUCAGGGCCCCUGGAGGAGAUCGCCUUCUGGAAAAACCGUUGUGCGGACCUGUCAGGCAUCAGCCGGCAGCUGCAGCAGCCUGGAGUGCGCCACAUCCAGGCCACCCUGCAGACGUCGAAGUCAAACUAUGUUCUCCCAUUCUGCAAGCUCUCCAAGCAAAUACAGGAUGGUACGCUGCAAGCGCAGUCCAACCUGUCCUUCCUGUCUUUGCUCCGGGAUCCUUGUGAGGAGAUGGCCCAGCUCAAACCUUGCAACAUGGCCCCCAAGUUGUCACACUUGAUCAAGCUCGUCCGCAUCAUCUGGGUCAACUCCCCCUUCUACAACAACCCUGAGAGGAUCACAGCUCUGUUCCGUAAGAUGAGCAAUGAACUCAUCCAGCUGUGCUGCCAGGAAAUCUCAUUAGACCGCAUCUUCGAAGGCUACGUGGUGUCCAGCAAGCAGACGCUCAAUGACUGCAUCCGGUGCUGCCUGUCCUGGAAAGAAGAGUACCUUCGUACCUCCCAGCUUCACAACAAGUACUCCAGUGCAGGCUGGGCUUUAGACCAGUCCAUCAUCUUUGCUCUGGUGGAUGCUUUCUUGCAGAGGUGUAAGGACUUGCUCGAGGUGUGUGACUGCCAGCAGCAGUUUGCCCGGUGGGAGGAUGGCACACAACUGCCCCUACCCUGUUUCGCAGGGAGCCAGGGUGCCACGCUGACCCGCAGUCUGCUGGAGAUUGAGGGCACCUUCGCCAAGACCCUGCAGGGCCUGCGCUGCGUGCGCAAGGGCAUCCUGGACGUCAAGAACACGUCCUGGCACAGUGACUACAACCGGUUCCGUGUAGCAGUGAAGGACUUGGAGGUGAUGAUGCAGAACCUGAUCAGUACAGCUUUUGAGACUGUCAACACUGUGGAUGAGGGGGUCCAGUUGCUCGAUGUGUUCCAGUACCUGUCUGCUCGAGAGGCCAUCAAGCGCACCAUUGACAAAAAGAGUUUGGAUGUGUAUGUUCUGUUGAGCAAGGAGCUGAGCCUGGUGAACAUGGAACUGAGCUGCAAAGCCUUUCAAAAGCCCACCCACAUGGCCCAGCAGGCAAGCCUAGCGCACUGGGCCCGAGCUCUGCGCCGCCGCAUCGAGAGAUCAGUGGAGGUGCUGCAGCGUGCCCACUUCUUGUCCCAGGCUGACAGCGAAGAGGUGUACCAAGCCUAUGAACAACUGGUGCAGAAGCUGGAUGAGACAGUGCUCAGGAUCUUCAGUGAAUGGAGCCAGAGCUUGGACAGGCAAUGCCUCAAGAAACUAGACCAGCCCCUCAUGGUCCGCUGCAAGGAGAAGGCCGGCAUGCUUGAUGUCAAUUUUGACAGGAACCUGCUGAUUAUGUUCAAUGAGAUCCACUACUGGGAGCGGUUGCAGUUUGAAGUUCCUCCCUACGUGUUGAACGUGUAUCAGCGCAAGGAGGAGUUGCGAACCCUGCGGGAGAAUGUACUGCUGCUGGUUCGGGACUACAAUAGGAUCGUCAGUGCAAUGUCGACUGAUGAGCUCAGCCUUUUCCGGGAGCAAAUUCGCUCCCUGGACAAGCAGAUACAGCCUGGAAUCUCCAAGCUCAUGUGGUCAUCUAAAGGAGCAUCCAGCUUCUUCAUCAAUGAAUGCCGUCUGCAUGCCAACAAGGUUCAGCUCAUCCUGGAUGAGUACAAGUCAGCCAACUUUGCUGUCAUUCAGGGCUGCCGACAGAUCAGUGAGCAGCUCCUGGUAUAUGUGGAUGGGAAGACAGUGUAUUGUGACUUGGAGUUUGAGGCCGACCAGCUUUCUCACCGGCAGGCACAGCUACAGAGCAUGUGUGCUAUUCAUGAUGACAUUGUAGCCAUCAUGGCGCAUGUUUACAAGACCUUCUGCAACGCUGGACCUGAGGUCCAACAGCACUGGGUUGCCUACACAGACAAAAUGGACCGCAUGGUUGAAGAAGCCUUGCGCCUCAAUGUGAAGAGGUCCCUGCAGGAACUCUCCAAGGCCAUCAAUGGCGACAGCAAGUCCAUGCCCAAUUCGCUGUUCAGAGUACAAGUGGUACUGCGGCAGGAGUCUCCUAGCUCUCCAGCACAGGUGGAGUUUUCCCCCACCCUGCAGAAACUGGCCCAAAUAGUGAACAACAUCAGUAGCCAGCUGGUCACGACUGUCUCCGAGUUCAAGCGUUUGCCUGACCUGCUAACUCAGCAAAAGUCCCAGAGGAAGCCAAUUCAUACCAUUAUCGAGCAAGACGAGGAAAUAUGUAAGAUCCAGGCAUCCAUUGCAGCAGGAAUGACUACUAAUGCGACACAUGUGCACAACUACCUCAAGACCUGGGAGAAGCAUCGAGAGAUCUGGGAGAUUAACAAGGAUGCCUUCAUCCGCCGCUACCAGCGGCUCAACCCUCCUGUAUCCUCCUUCGAUGCAGACAUUGCCAGGUACACAGAGGUGGCGAACAACGUGCAGAAAGAGGAGACAGUGCUGAAUGUGCAGUUUGUGCAACUGGACUGCUCUCCACUCAAGUUCUCCCUUGUGCAGCACUGUAGCGAGUGGCAGGCCAAGUUCACACAGCUGCUCAGCCACAUGGCCAGCGAGCGUUUAUGCCAACUGCACAAUUUUCUGCAGGACAACGCCAAUAGGCUGAGCCAGCCCCCUCAGAACCUAGCAGAGCUCGGGGAGAGCUUGAAGCUGCUGGAGACACUGCAGGGAGACCUGGCCAAGAUUGAGAACCAGAUCCCCCCCAUUCACGAGCAGUUUGCCAUACUGGAAAAAUAUGAGGUCACUGUGGACCAGGAUGUGCAAGAGAGGCUGGAAUCCCUGAAUGGAGAUUGGGUAGGGUUCCAGCAGGUCCUGAUUGACAGUGACGUAAUGCUGAAGAAGCACAAGGACAGGUUUAAAUGCAGCCUCCUUUUCUCAGCGGAUGAGUUCAAGAAGAAGAUGCAGGCCACCACGCAGGACUUCUAUUCCACAGGUCCAUUCACCAGCACUGUGACGUCACAGUGUGCUCUGGAGCAGGUUUCUAUCAUACGCACUCAGCUUGAGAGCCUGAAGCAGGAGGAGGACACCAUUCGCCAGGGCCUGAGCAUCUUCAAGAUCGAACAGCCCCUCUCUAAAGACAUCCAGAGCUUGGUGAAGGACCUGGACUACCUCCAGCAGGUGUGGCAGAUCGCGCAACAGUGGGAGGCCCACUGGGAUGAAUGGAAAGCGGGGCAGUUUGUUGCACUAGAGACGGAAAGCAUGGAGAACACAGCCCAGGCCCUUUUCAAGGAGCUGCAUAAGCUGAGCCGUGAACUGAAGUGUAAGCAAUGGGAAAUUGUGGAAACAACUAAGACCAAGAUUGAACAGUUCAAGAGGACCAUUCCACUCAUAACUGACCUGAGAAACCCAGCCAUGAGGGACAGGCACUGGAAUCAGAUCAAAUUUGAGGUGCAGUCUCCAUUUGAUCAAACUGGUCCAGACUUCACUCUAGAGAAGAUCGUGGCCCUGGGCCUGGAGCAGCAUGCAGAAAAGAUCAGCGAGAUUUCAGCUGCCGCCAGCAAAGAGUUGUCCAUUGAGCAGUCACUGGAAGGCAUAGUGAAGACAUGGGAAGAGACUGUCCUGGACAUUGUCCCCUACAAGGACAAGGGUCACUACAGACUGAGGGGUACAGAAGAAGUGUUCCAGGCACUGGAGGACAACCAGGUCACCCUCUCCACAAUGAAGGCAUCCCGCUUUGUGCGUGCUUUUGACAAAGAGGUGGACCACUGGGAGCGCUGUCUGUCCCUGGUGCUGGAGGUUAUCGAGAUGAUCCUCAUUGUGCAGAGACAAUGGAUGUACUUAGAGAAUAUCUUCUUGGGUGAAGACAUCAGGAAGCAGCUACCUAGAGAGUCUUCAGAGUUUGAUGACGUCAACUCCAGUUGGAAAGCCAUCAUGAAUCAUCUAAACAAGGACAGAAAUGCCCUGAGAGGAACACAUCAACCUGGGCUUCUGGAGAAGCUGUCAGAGAUGAACCAAAAGCUGGAGGAAAUUCAGAAAUCCCUGGACAUGUACCUAGAAACCAAGAGGCAAUUGUUCCCCCGUUUCUACUUCCUAUCCAACGAUGACCUGCUAGAGAUCCUGGGCCAGUCCCGGCACCCGGAGGCAGUGCAGCCACACCUCAAGAAAUGCUUUGACAACAUCAAGAGCCUUAAGAUCAACAAGUUGGCUGCCAACACAAAGUCAGAGGCCACUGGUAUGUUCUCAGCUGAUGGGGAGUUUGUGGCCUUCACCUACCCUGUGCAGUUGGAGGGGCCAGUGGAGGCCUGGCUGUGUGAUGUGGAGAGAGCUAUGCGCUGGACACUGAAGGACUCCCUGAAGAACUGCCGGCAGGCUCUUUCUAAGAUGGCUGCGAAGCGGGACAAGUGGGUGAAGGACUGGCCAGGCCAGAUGCUGAUCACUGCCAGCCAGAUUCAGUGGACCACAGAUGUCACCAGGUCCUUAGUUAUCACCAAAGAGACAUCUGACAAGACAGCGCUCAAGACCAUGAAGAAGAAGCAGGUAUGGAUGCUCAAUCGGUAUUCUGAUGCGAUCCGGGGCAACUUAUCCAAGAUUUUGCGGCUGAAGAUCGUGGCAUUGGUCACAGUGGAGGUGCACGCACGAGACGUCAUUGACCGGCUGAUAAAAGGCGGCUGGCUUGACGUGUGCUCCUUUGAGUGGCUGAGCCAGUUACGUCUCUAUUGGGAUAAGGAUGUGGACGACUGUAUCAUAAGACAGACAAACACACAGUUCCAGUAUGGCUAUGAGUACCUGGGCAACUCUGGCCGGUUGGUCAUCACUCCUCUCACAGACAGAUGCUACAUGACCCUUACCACAGCUCUGCACCUGCACCGAGGGGGUUCACCUAAGGGGCCAGCCGGCACAGGCAAGACAGAGACGGUGAAAGACCUGGGUAAAGCCCUGGGCAUGUACGUCAUAGUGGUGAACUGCUCCGAGGGCCUUGACUUCAAAUCGAUGGGUCGGAUGUACUCUGGUCUGGCACAGACAGGAGCAUGGGGCUGUUUUGAUGAAUUCAACCGCAUCAACAUUGAGGUGCUGUCGGUGGUGGCCCAGCAGAUUCUGUCCAUCCUGUCGGCUCUCUCUGCUGGAGCUUCCAGCUUUGUUUUUGAGGGACGGGAGAUCCGCUUGGUGUGGUCCUGUGGCAUUUUCAUCACCAUGAACCCUGGUUAUGCUGGCCGCACAGAGCUGCCAGACAACCUCAAGUCCAUGUUCCGACCCAUCUCCAUGGUGGUACCAGACUCUACACUCAUUGCUGAGAUCACUCUUUUCGGGGAGGGAUUCAGCAAUUGCAAGAUCCUGGCAAAGAAGGUCUUCACACUGUACUCACUGGCUGUGCAGCAGCUUUCUAAGCAGGAUCACUAUGACUUUGGCUUACGUGCUCUCACUUCCCUGCUGCGCUAUGCUGGCAAGAAGCGCCGUGCUUGCCCUGACGUCGCUGACGAGGAGAUCCUCCUUAUGUCUAUGAAGGACAUGAAUAUUGCCAAGCUGACCUCUGUCGACCUACCACUGUUCAACAGCAUCGUUCAGGACCUCUUUCCUGCUGUGGAAACCCCCAUUAUUGACUAUGGCAAGCUGCAGAAGACUAUAGAGCAAGAGCUGCAGCAGAGCAGCUUGCAGGUCACCCCCUUCACCAUAACUAAGGUCAUCCAGCUGUAUGAGACCAAGAACUCACGCCACUCCUCCAUGAUUGUGGGCAGCACGGGCUGCGGCAAGACGGUGACAUGGAAGAUCCUGCAGAAUACCCUAACCACCAUGCAUCGCAAAGGCGAGCCUGGCUUCAACCUCGUCCGGGAGUGCCCUCUGAACCCUAAGGCUGUGAGUCUGGGAGAGCUGUAUGGCGAAUAUGACCUUUCUACUAAUGAAUGGACAGAUGGUGUGCUGUCUUCCCUCAUGAGAGCGGCCUGUGCAGAUGAGAAGCCAGAUGAGAAGUGGAUUGUAUUUGAUGGGCCUGUGGACACCCUGUGGAUCGAAAGCAUGAACUCUGUAAUGGAUGACAACAAGGUGCUUACACUCAUAAAUGGAGAGAGGAUCUCCAUGCCAGAGCAGGUAUCCCUGCUCUUUGAGGUAGAGAACCUUGCUGUGGCUUCACCAGCCACAGUGUCACGGUGUGGGAUGGUCUACAAUGACUACACAGACCUGGGUUGGAAGCCUUUUGUGGACUCCUGGCUAAUGAAGAGGAAAAAGGAGGAGGUUGACCGCUUGCAGUGCCUGUUUGACAAAUACAUUGAGAAGACUAUUCACUUCAAGAAAACUCACUGCAAAGAAUUGGUGUCCAUCACAGAGCUGAAUGGCGUGAGCUCGCUGUGCAGGCUGUACAAUGCCCUGGCCACACCCGAAAAUGGGGUGAACCCUCUGGAUUCAGAGAAUUUUGGUCGCAUGGUGGAGCUGUGGUUCACCUUCAGCCUUAUCUGGUCAGUGUGUGCCUCAGUGGAUGAGGAUGGCCGAAAGAAAAUUGAUACCUUCCUGCGGGAGAUGGAUGGCACCUUCCCAAAUAAAGACACCAUUUACGAGUACUACGUGGACUUUAAGAGCAAGGGCUGGGCCUCUUUUGAGGACAAAUUACCCAAAGGCUGGCGCUACGCUUCCAAGGCCCCAUUCUACAAGAUUAUGGUACCUACCGUGGACACAGUGCGUUACAAUUUCCUAGUGCGGUCACUGGUAUGCGGGCAGUGCCCGGUGCUGCUGACAGGGCCCGUGGGAACCGGCAAGACGUCAGUGGCCCAGAGUGUGCUGCAGGAACUGGACCUCAGCCAGUGGGCCAUGCUUACCAUCAACAUGUCCUCCCAGACCACAUCCAAUAAUGUUCAGGCCAUCAUUGAGAGCCGAGUGGAGAAGCACACAAAGGGAGUAUACGUGCCAAUGGGGGGGAAGCGCAUGCUGGUCUUCCUGGAUGACCUCAAUAUGCCUGCGCUGGAUGACUUUGGCUCCCAGCCACCCCUGGAGCUGCUGCGUCUCUGGAUUGACUAUGGUUUCUGGUAUGACCGACAGAAGCAGACACUUAAGUGUAUCAAGGACAUGUUCCUGUUGGCAUCAAUGGGCCCUCCUGGGGGAGGGAGGACUCACAUCUCAGGUCGGCUGCAGAGUCGAUUCAACCUCAUCAAUAUGACCUUUCCUAGCGAGUCUCAGAUCAAGCGCAUCUAUGGGACAAUGAUCAACCAGAAGUUGCAGGAGUUUGAGGAAGAGGUGAAACCCAUUGGGACAGUGCUAACACAAGCCACAUUAGAUCUAUACUACAGCAUUGUGGCCAGAUUCCUGCCCACACCUGCCAAGAUCCACUAUCUAUUCAACCUUCGAGAUAUUUCCAAGGUGUUCCAGGGCUUGUUACGGGCCCAUAGGGACUUUCAUGACACCAAGCAGAGCAUCACUCGCCUCUGGAUCCAUGAGUGCUUCAGAGUGUUCUCUGAUCGGCUGGUUGACCACAGUGACUUGGAAGCCUUUGUGGGACUGCUGAGUGAGAAACUGGGUUCACUCUUUGACCUGACCUACCACAGCAUGUGUCCAAAUAAGCAGCCCCCGCUCUUUGGGGACUUCCUGAAGGAACCACGAGUAUAUGAGGACCUUACAGAUUUUAAGACCCUGAAAAACUUCAUGGAAUCGCAUCUAGAGGACUACAACAUGACCCCUGGUGUGGUGCCCAUGAAUUUGGUGCUAUUCCGUGAUGCCAUUGAACAUGUAAUCCGUGUGGUGAGGGUCAUCAGUCAGCUGAGGGGUAAUAUGCUGCUGAUUGGAAUUGGGGGCUCAGGGCGCCAGAGCAUUGCUCGCCUUGCAUCCUCCAUCUGCGAGUACCACAUCUUCCAGGUGGAGGUCACGAAACAGUACCGCAAGCAGGAGUUCAGAGAAGAUAUUAAGAAGCUUUACUGGCAAACUGGUGUGGAGAACAAGCCCACAGUGUUCCUGUUCAAUGACACUCAAAUUGUGGACGAAACCUUCUUGGAGGACAUUAACAACAUUCUGAGCUCCGGGGAGGUCCCUAACCUCUACAAGCCAGAUGAGUUUGAGGAGGUCCAGAGCACUCUGCUGGACUCCGCUAAGAAGGACAACAUUCUGCAAACGCCCGAUGCCAUGUUCAGCUACCUGAUAGAGAGAGUGAGAAACAACCUACACAUUGUACUGUGCAUGAGCCCUGUAGGGGACCCUUUCAGGAAUCGCAUCCGUCAAUAUCCAGCACUGGUCAACUGCACCACCAUCGACUGGUUCUGUGAGUGGCCACGAGAUGCCCUUCUGGAAGUGGCCGAAAGAUAUUUGGAUGGUCUAGAAUUGGGGAGCGUGGAGGGGGCCCAGAGCAAGGUGGCCAGCAUCUUUGUGACAAUUCACCAGUCAGUGACUCAGUACUCCCACAAGAUGAAGGUGGAGCUGAAGAGGCACAACUACAUCACUCCUACCAACUACUUGGAACUUGUAUCUGGAUACAAGAAGCUGCUAGCUGAGAAACGAAGUGAACUUGGAGAGCAGGUGACAAAGCUGCGAAAUGGCCUGUUCAAGAUCGAUGACACACGAGUCAAGGUGGAGGCCAUGUCUGUGGAACUGGAGGAGGCCAAAAAGAAAGUGGCCGAGUUCCAGAAGCAAUGUGAGGAAUACCUUGUCAUCAUUGUCCAGCAGAAACGAGAAGCUGAUGAGCAGCAGAAGGCGGUGAGCGCCCACAGUGAAAAGAUCGGAGCAGAGGAGAUCAAGUGCAAGACCAUGGCAGAAAAUGCACAGAGAGACCUGAACGAGGCUCUUCCUGCACUGGAGGAAGCCAUGAAGGCAUUGGAGUCACUGAAUAAGAAGGACAUGACAGAGAUCAAGUCAUACGGUCGGCCACCUGCCCUUGUAGAGACCGUGAUGCAAGCUGUGAUGAUACUGAGGGGCAAUGAGCCCACCUGGGCAGAGGCCAAAAGGCAACUAGGGGAGUCCAACUUCAUCAAACAGCUAGUCCACUUUGACAAGGACAACAUCUCUGACCGCGUGCUGAAGAGGAUCAGCCAGUACUGCACGCAACCCGACUUCCAGCCAGAAAUCAUCGGUCGUGUCUCACUGGCUGCCAAGUCACUCUGCAUGUGGGUGCGCGCCAUGGAGGUAUAUGGGCGGAUCUUCCGCGUAGUGGAGCCCAAACGGGCCAGACUAAAUGAGGCAAUGUCUCAGCUGGCAGAGAAACAAGCUUCAUUGGCUGAGGCCCAGGGCAAACUCAGAGAGGUAGGGGAGAAGCUGGAGCAGCUGAAGCGACAAUAUGAUGAGAAGCUGGCCCAGAAAGAGGAGCUUCGCCGCAAGUCUGAGGACAUGGAGCUGAAGCUGGAUCGGGCUGGCAAGCUUGUGUCGGGUUUGGCUGGGGAAAGGGCCCGCUGGGAGGAGACUGUCAAGGGACUGGAGGAGAACAUGGGCUACCUGGUAGGAGACUGUCUGUUGGCUGCUGCCUUCCUGUCCUACAUGGGCCCCUUUCUGUCCAACUACCGAGAUGAGAUUGUUGCCGAUAUCUGGAUGAAGCAGAUCCGGGAACUGGAGGUGUCAUGCUCGCCAUGUUUUAGCUUUGCUGCGUUCCUGUCCAAACCCACUGCUGUGCGUGAGUGGAACCUCCAAGGGCUCCCAUCAGAUGCCUUCUCCACAGAGAAUGGGGUUAUUGUCACCCGCGGCAACCGAUGGCCUCUCAUGAUAGACCCACAAGGACAGGCUUUGAAGUGGAUCAAGAACAUGGAGACAAAAAGAGGGCUGAAGUUGAUCGACCUGCAGAUGGCUGAUUACCUGCGUACGCUGGAAAAUGCAGUCCAGUUCGGCUCACCUGUGCUGUUGCAGAAUGUGCAGGAGGAGCUGGAUCCCUCUCUGGCCCCUAUCCUCAACAAAUCCCUCACCCGCACGGGAGGCCGCCUGCUGCUGAAGUUAGGUGACAAGGAGGUGGAGUACAAUCCGGACUUCCGCUUCUACAUCACUACCAAGUUGUCUAACCCCCACUACACUCCUGAGAUCUCCACCAAGACCACUAUUGUCAACUUUGCUGUGAAGGAACAGGGGCUGGAGGCUCAGCUCCUGGGGAUUGUGGUGAGGAAGGAGCGCCCGGAGCUGGAGGAACAGAAGGACUCCUUGGUGAUCAACAUAGCCUCUGGCAAGAAGAAGCUACAGGAGCUGGAGGAUGAGAUCCUCAGGCUGCUGAAUGAAGCCACCGGCUCCCUGCUGGAUGACGUGCAGCUGGUGAACACACUGCAGACCUCCAAGGUGACCGCGACCGAGGUGUCCAAACAGCUGGAAACCAGCGAGCAGACAGAGAUCAAGAUUGACAGUGCCAGAGAGGCCUACCGCCCAUGCGCCCAGCGUGCGUCCAUCCUGUUCUUUGUGCUGAAUGAUAUGGGCCGCAUCGACCCCAUGUACCAGUACUCUCUGGACUCUUACAUUGAGCUGUUCAACCUGAGCAUCGAGAAGAGCCUGCGCAGCCUCACGCUGGAGGAGAGAAUCACCAGCCUCAACGACUACCACACCUAUGCUGUCUACAGGUUCACCUGUCGUGGCCUCUUUGAGCGCCACAAGCUUCUCUUCAGUUUCCACAUGUGUUCCAAGAUCCUGGAGGUGGCAGGAAAGCUCAACAUGGAUGAGUACAGCUUCUUCCUGCGGGGUGGGCUGGUUCUGGACAAGGAAGGUCAGAUGGACAAUCCCUGCAGCAACUGGCUCUCCGACUCCAACUGGGACAAUGUGACUGAGCUGGAUAAGCUGGCCAGCUUCCACGGCCUGAUGGCCUCCUUCGAAGAGUACCCAAGGGACUGGCAUCUGUGGUACACCAGCGCUGAGCCUGAAAGCACCCCGCUACCAGGUGAAUGGGAAAACACGUGUAACGAGCUCCAGAGGAUGCUGAUUGUCCGUUCUCUGCGGCAGGACCGCGUCUCCUUCUGCGUCACUGCCUUCAUCAUCAACAACCUUGGCUCUCGCUUCGUGGAGCCACCCGUCCUCGACAUGAAGGCUGUGGUGGAGGACUCGACCUCCAGGACGCCGCUGAUCUUUGUGCUGUCUCCAGGCGUGGACCCCACAGCUGCUCUCCUGCAGUUAGCUGAGGCUUCAGGCAUGGGUCGUCGGUUCCAUGCCCUCUCUCUGGGCCAGGGACAGGCACCUAUCGCCACACGCAUGAUCAAGGAGGGGGUGAUGAACGGUCACUGGGUGUUCCUCGCAAACUGCCACCUGUCGCUUUCUUGGAUGCCGCAGCUGGACAAACUAGUGGAGCAGCUUCAGGUGGAGGAGCCGCACACAGACUUCCGCUUGUGGCUCAGCUCCUCACCCCACCCAGACUUCCCCAUUGCCAUCUUGCAGGCGGGCAUCAAGAUGACCACUGAGCCACCCAAGGGUGUGAAGGCCAACAUGAAGCGUCUCUAUCAGCUGGUGACUGAGUCCCAAUUCAGCCGCUGUUCAUGUCCGGUGCCAUACCGUAAGCUGCUCUUCGCCCUUUGCUUCUUCCAUAGCAUCCUGCUGGAGAGGAAGAAGUUUCUGCAGCUUGGCUGGAACAUCAUCUAUGGAUUUAAUGACUCUGAUUUUGAGGUUAGUGAAAACCUCAUGAGUCUGUACCUGGACGAAUAUGAGGAGGUGCCUUGGGACGCCCUAAAGUACCUGAUUGCUGGGGUCAACUAUGGUGGCCAUGUGACCGACGACUGGGACCGACGGCUGCUAACUACCUACAUCAAUGAUUACUUCUGUGAAAGUGCCAUCACAACACCAUUCUUCAAACUGUCCUGCUUGCCCACCUACUACAUCCCGCGGGACGGACCCCAGUCUGUGUACCUGGAGUAUAUUGGUCAGCUGCCGGCUGUGGAGCACCCAGAGGUGUUCGGACAGCAUCCCAAUGCUGAUAUUGCGAGUCAGAUUGCUGAGGCGCGUACCCUGUUCGACACCCUGCUCUCGCUGCAGCCCCAGGUCACAGGCGCUGCCAGUACAGGGGCAGGUCCAAGCCCUGAGGCUAAGGUGCUGGAAAUCUCUGCUGAGGUGCGGCAGAAGAUCCCGGCACAGGUGGACUACGAAGGCACCCGCAAGCUGCUGCAGGACGACCUUUCCCCACUCAAUGUAGUGCUAUUGCAGGAGAUACAGAGGUACAAUGCUCUGCUCCACAUUAUCAAGUCAUCACUGGUGGAGCUGGAGAAGGGCAUCCAGGGCCUGGUAGUAAUGUCCAGCAGCCUGGAGGAGACCUUCAACUGCAUCCAUGAUGGACGUGUACCCCCGCUGUGGGAAAAAGCAUACCCCUCGCUGAAGCCCCUGGCCUCCUGGACACGGGACCUCUGCCAGCGCGUAGAGCAGUUCGCCCGCUGGGCAGAGACAGCACACCCCCCCACGCUCUUUUGGCUCUCCGGCUUCACUUUCCCCACUGGGUUCCUCACUGCAGUGUUGCAGGCCUCUGCCCGCCAGCACAAUGUGUCAGUGGACACUUUGUCCUGGGAGUUUAUUGUCUCCACGGUGGAUGACAACAACCUUCUCUUUCCUCCCAAGGAUGGGGUGUACAUCAGGGGCCUGUACUUGGAGGGGGCUGGCUGGGACAAGAAGAACUCGUUCCUGGUGGAGGCGGAGCCCAUGCAACUGGUUUGCCCCAUGCCCACCAUUCACUUUAAGCCUGUGGAGAGCCGCAAGAAGAUGGCCAAAAGUAUGUACUCCUGUCCCUGCUACUACUUCCCCAUCCGCUCAGGGACUGCUGGCCGUGCCUCCUUUGUUGUGGGGGUGGAUCUCAAGAGUGGAGCGGUCCCAAAUGACCACUGGGUCAAGCGAGGAACAGCCCUGCUCAUGAGCCUGGACAGCUAGUACACACAUGUACUCAGGGACACUCACAGAUAACAGAUUUACACACACAGGAUACUUUAAAAGCUAUCAGACCUUUAGAAAUACUCAGAAGAAGCAUCCAGACACCACAUGUUCUUUCAGUCAUAACAGCGCCACGGAGCCAUAGCCACGAUCUCCUUAUACUGGCGAAACGUGCCGUUCAAAUGUGCAUCUUCACAACCGUAACAAAGCACAGUAAACACAACACAUAGAAAACAGUGAAACCCUGUACAGCCACAGCACAUAGUGUAUGUAUACCUGCUGAUCCUCUGUGUUGGUUUCACUUAUUUUAGAUGAAUGUUUGAAAACCCUGCGUAUGUGAACCACAUUUACAAAUUAAUAUAGAAAUGAAUUCCGAAAUGAGAUUUGUCUGUGAUAAGAAUGAAAAAGUUUUCUCAAUUCCUUUCUCAUUAUUUGCGUGCCCCUCCCCUUCCUUUUUUACAGUAAGUCUUCUGCUGUCCUCUUCCAGUACCCCACACCCCGUUCUGCACAGCCUUUCUAAAUUCCAACUCCUUUCUUCGCUAAGCUCCCCUUGACAAACACUUUUUUUCUCACCCCCCAGCUGUAAUGGGAGAUCCUUCAGAUGCUCUUAACGGUGCGGCACAGCUUCUCUGGUUUAACACACACACACACGCGCACACACACAAAAUGCUCUCUACCACAGUUUCUUGUUCUUUCUUCCAUGUUCUGCUCUCAUCAUUAGCAUCUGCCAACACCUCCCUGUUUGCUAUUGACAGUACGUUCCUCUGUGUGAGUGUGUGUGGCCUGCCCAUCUAUGGCUUUAUGUAUGCGAGUUUAAUGCACAACAUGCUUCUCAAAAUGUGGCUGGCCUCUUGAAUGAGCUUAAAGGCAGCCAGUAGCCUGUUGUUCAGCUGUGUUCAUCUGCCAAACAAACUAGUUACUACUUAAUGUCAGGAGGAAUGUUGAGCUUCUUUCUCCUACUUUUUUUGUAAUUAAAGUUACGGUACAGAACAGGGUAAAUGGUGCAACCAUUUCUGUACCUGUACAUCAGCUUAAGAAAACCAACAGGCAUUACUUGCAGCUGAUCGGAGCCUCACAAUGUGGAUUCAGCCCGAGCCUUACGAGGAGAAAACAAGAGAAAACACAACUGAAACGGAAGAAGUGGACUGAGGGAAGGAGGGGGCCUUGUUUCAAAGUUGUAUUCAACAGAUUGUCUCCUAAAUGAAUGAGACAAGCUCAGACUUUUAAGGGCCUCUUUCUUCGGACCAGGUCUGGGUUGCCCUGCUGGUGUUGUGGGAAAGAGCUCAUAGCAACCUGUCCAAUUUAAAUUUAAAUAGUCUUCAGAGGAACACAUACGGUGCCCUUUGGUGGGUAAAAAUGAGUAAAAAUUAUUUGCAAUAUGUUCUUUACGGUUCAGUAAUCGGGGCAAUCUUACAAUGUGUUCACAAAGAAUUCAUUUAUAAAAUCUGUUAAACUGAGUAGAUGAUAAAUGAAACUGGAGGAAUAUUAGGUUAAAAGUUUUUUUUAAGAACUAACCACCAGCCAAUAUUAGCAUACAUUCACCAGCUGUCUGCUGACUCACAUGGGCACGACUGUAAAAUGAGCUUGGUGCUUCUGCACACUGUAAUUUAUAAAGUAUGUAAUGGCCCAACCUCUUCAUAGUUUGAGGUUCAAGGGUCUUAUUUUCAAUGGAGAAUCUUUAACUUUAUUUAGGAAAUGGCAACAUAAUCUAAAACAAGACACUAGAUCUUGUCAUAUUUGGAAGUACA